AUGCUUGCUCAAGCGAAAUGCGCGUUCCGUCCCUCUGCCUCCUGCCGUUGGCUUCAUAAAGCCAGAUACCCCCCUUUUCUUCCGAGUUCUCUUCCCUCCUUGACACAGUCUCGCGAAGAGAUUCUGGUGACAAACCCGGCGGAUGGGACGCCACUUUGUAUGUGCGUAGUCGACUUCUCCAGAGGCUCGCCACUGAAAAGCACUGUAAGAGUUGAGGCCGCUUCGGAUGCGGAUGUCAAGGAAACUGUGGCCAGUGCACACUCCGUGUUCCAAUCUGGCAUCUGGUCCAGGGCACCAGCCCUACAACGAUCUAAAACGCUAUCACGAUUAGCACGAGCACUGGAAGAACGAAUAGGCGAAUUUGCAGAGAUCGAGACCAGACAGACGGGUCGUGCCCUUCGGGAGAUGAAAGCACAGCUGGGCCGCCUACCUGAAUGGAUUGACUACUACGCGGCUCUACUACGGACUCAGCAAGCCUUUGUGGCUCCGACUCAAGGGCCGUUGCUCAACUAUGUACAGCGCGUCCCUUUGGGAGUGGUGGCCCAAAUCACUCCUUUCAAUCAUCCACUACUCAUUGCUGUCAAGAAGAUUGCGCCAGCACUUGCGGCAGGAAACUCUGUCAUCGUGAAGCCUUCUGAACUCGCUCCCAUAUCUGUGUUGGAGUUCGCUCAUCUAGCAGAAAGUGUCGGCCUGCCUGACGGUGUUCUUUCAGUCUUGCCUGGAUAUGGGAGCACCGCACAAUCAUUGUCGGAAAAUCCUUUGGUUCGCAAGGUUGAUGUUACAGUGGGUCCUGAUAUCUCCAGUCAUCUAUCAGGCUUUGGGAGGAAUCUUGCUUCCUUCACCGCAGAGCUUGGUGGAAAGGCGCCGAUGGUCGUGUUCAAAGACGCCGACAUCCCAUCGGCAGUAAACGGAGCGGCAUUCGCGGCAUUCGUGGCUUCCGGUCAGACCUGCGUGUCCGGAACGCGCCUGAUUGUCCAUGAAUCGAUAUGGGACACAUUCAUGCCCUUGUUCGUCGAUAAGGCUGAAAGUAUUCGUAAACGGAUGGGCAACCCGCUCAAUCCCAAAUCCACAAUGGGGACUGUGAUCUCUGAGCGGCAUCUCGCUCGAAUCCAGGCUAUGCUCGAUCAACCGACCCAAGGAGACGUUUUGACCGGGGGCCAACGAAUGUCUGGUGCAUCGGCUCUCGAUGGCUUCGACUUUAGUCAAGGCUCCUUUUAUCCCCCGACUAUCAUCGCCAACAUUGACACCUCCAAUCUUUUAUGGCAAGAGGAGAUUUUUGGGCCUGUGGUUGUCGCAGUCAAGUUCUCGUCGGAACAGGAUGCGGUGAAAUUGGCCAACGACUGUAAAUAUGGCUUGGGUGCAAGUCUUUGGACACAGAACCUGUCUCGUGCGCAUCGAGUUGCCAACAAAAUCGAAGCCGGGCUGUGUUGGGUCAAUACCGCCCAUCGCAAUGAUCCUUCGAGUCCUUGGGGUGGGAUGAAAGAGAGCGGGAUCGGCCGAGAGAAUGGAGUCGAGGCAUUUGAAUCGUAUUCCCAGAGCAAAUCUGUGAUCGUCAAUAUAGCGACGGCUGAGAGAACACGGGAAACAGACGACUGGUUCGCAGAAGACGUUGAAGGACGUCGGUAUGGUUAGUUUGGGGGUUGAUGGGGUUUGUAAAUCUUUGACACCAGUUACUCAAAAUCAAGCUAUUAUCACUUUGUUGGUAGCAUUCCCAGUUGGGAAUCUGCAAGUAGUCCAUGAUUUACAAGUCCGUUCAAUAAGUUUCCCAAAAUACAUCCGGAAGAACCUGCCGCAUCA